AUGACCGCAACACGCCGCGUAAUUAACUUCAUGUCGGACACCGUCACGUGUCCGACGCAAGGCAUGCGCAAGGCCAUGGCAGCCGCCAAAGUGGGCGACGACGUCUACGGCUUGGACCCCACCGUCAAGCAGCUUCAAAAGGUGAUGGCCAGCAUGCUCGGCAAGGAAGAGGCCAUGUUUGUGCCCUCUGGCACCAUGUCCAACUUGAUCGCCAUCGGCACGCACUGCCAACGCGGCGACGAGGUCAUUUGUGGCAACAAGUCGCACAUUUUCACAUACGAGGGCGGCGCCUACAUGGGCGUCAGCUUGGCAACCCUGCCGAACCAGCCGGACGGGACGAUCAAGCUUAGUGACAUGGCUCACGCUGUCCGCGCCGAUGACAUGCACUACCCGCGGACGUCGCUCGUUGAGAUCGAAAACACACACAACACGUGCGGUGGGCGAGUGCUGCCUCUCUCGUAUAUCCGUGACGUGGAACAGUUCUGCAAGGAUCACAACCUGAGCCUUCACGUAGAUGGUGCGCGUCUAGCUAAUGCCAGUGUGGCUUCUGGAGUCGCUCUUGAGGACCUGGUGAAGGGAGCUGAUACUGUCUCCUUCUGCCUUAGCAAGGGUCUGGGCGCCCCCGUCGGCUCUAUGCUAGCUGGAUCUGAGGAGUUCAUUCAUCAUGCUAAGCGGCUGCGCAAGUCUCUUGGCGGCGGUCUGCGCCAGUCGGGGAUAGUUGCCGCUGGUGCUCUCUACGCACUAGAACACCAGUUCGACCGCCUUGCGGAAGAUCACGAGAACGCGAAGACACUUGCACAUGGGCUGUCCACAAUUGCAGGUAUUGAGAUCGAUGUGGACAGUGUGGACACCAAUAUGUUAUUCUUUAAGGUGUCUUCCGACUUCAAGAUCGACACGCCCACGCUAGUGAAGAAAGUUGCAGAGGAGAAGGGAAUUAUUUUCGGAGGGUACUGGAGAGGUGACGAGAUCCGUGCGGUGACCAACUUGCACGUAACAUCCGACGACGUGAAGUAUACAAUUGCUUCCGUACGUGAUAUUGUUGCGGCCAGCGAGACCAAUUUUCAGGUUGCUUAA